CUGUGGGCUAAGGUUUUAGAUCGGAAGUAAUUCGUCUGCGCGCAAGGAAGAAAGUUGUUUACAAACAGAAGAGAAAGUUGGACAUGUAGCUAACUCGAGACAAACAGUUACGAAAUAGCCUACAAGAAUUCUUCUCCCAAGUUUUACACUCCGAUGGGUUUUUACUUUAAGUAGCUGAGUAAGAGGAGCAGGUGUGUAUGGUUGCAGGUGUGAGAACCCACCCGGGGUCAGAAGUCAGGGAGGAUGUCAGAGGAAGGGGGCAAGCUGACGCUGAGGCGUCUUGAGGGGCCGAUCCACAAGUUCACUAAAGUAGCCCUGCCGACAGACCUAGAAAGACUACAGAGACACCACAGCAAUAUACUGAAGUUCCAGCAUAGUGGACAAUGGGAUCGCCUUCAUCAGGAGCACAUCAAUGCCAGCCGCACUGUGCAGCAGUUGAGGGCUAAUGUUAGAGAGAUGGAGAAGCUGUGUGGACGUGUCCGCCCGGAGGACGGCCCCGCCCUGGAGAGGCUGGUUCAGCCAAUCAGAGACCGAGCAUCUGCUGCCGCGCAAGACUUCCUACUCCUGCAUUCUAACCCCGCCCCUCUGCCACAGGCACCACGCCCCCCAGGCCACUCAUCCUCAGGUGGUUCCCAUGGUGAUGAUGUGGGCAGGGAGCCCCCUCCUGUCAAUCAAACGCAGCUCCUCCUCCCAGUGAUCCCCCUCAACGAGAGUGCUGCCGAGUCCUGGGACACCCUGGAGGAGGACCUGAAGGAGCUUAGCGGUUUGGUGACAGAGUUCUCUCUGCUGGUCCACUCCCAGCAGGAGAAGAUUGACAGCAUAGAGGAGAACGUCAACACAGCAGCAGCCAACGUGGAGGAGGGGACCAGGAGCCUCGGGAAGGUGGUGGGCUACAGGCUGGCAGUGUUACCCGUGGCGGGGGCAGUGUUAGGGGGGGUGUUGGGUGGUCCGCUGGGCCUUCUGGUGGGGUUCAAGGCAGCGGGGGUGGCAGCAGCGCUUGGAGGGGGGGCUCUGGGGUUUGCAGGGGGGAACCUGGUCCAGAAGAAACGCAGAGCUAGAGUAGAGUCCCAGAUGAACCAGCUCACUGCACCCCCUACGGAACCAGAACCACCGCUGGACAAGUGACUUCUGAUUGGUCGUGGCGGGACCUCUGACCUCCAGAAGCCUACACUGGUCCAGGUACUGCCCGACUACAUUGCAGACGCAUGCUAGAGCUUACAUAUCAGCUGACCACAUCAUAUGAUAUAGCAAUCUGAUGCCCGACUGCACAGUUGAAGUGGCGCACAACCAUUGGUUGAUGCAACGCCUGCGCAUCUAGUCAGGCAGGAACUCAACCAAGAUAUCCCUCAGACUAACUGACUGUCCGCUCAAACAAUCUGUUGUUUGACCAAUAGCUUUGCUCUCUUUACUGUGGUAAUAAGGAACUCCUUCUCGCUGCCAAUAGACCGAGGAGAGGUCUGUGAAGAGAAGCCUACUGUGAAGAGAAGCUUGCCACUGGGAUCUACCACUUCCCAAUCAAUAGGACUUUUAAACAUUGUAGGAGAGCCUUGUUGAGGACCUGAGUGUGAAAGGGAGGUGUGUGAAUGCUGUGUUAGUUGAGUGUGAUGUGUGUGUGUAUAUAUAUAUAUAUAUACACACACACUGGGUCUGUUGGCUUUGUAUUUAAAACUUUAAAGUAACUGUCCAGUGUUUCCAGAUUUAUAUUAAAUAUGACCUACACAUUUUUACAAUAUAAAUGAAAGUUUUCCUUCCAAAAUCAGCUUUUCUGUGUUGGAAUGGUGUGGGCGUAUACUGAUCUUAAAAAUAUUCAUGCGAGUAGACCGCUGAUUGGCCAGCUCAUCAUCCUCUGAGGAAACAGCAAGUUUUGAAGUUUUUUUUAUUUUUAUUGUUCUACAAUUAAUGUUUUGCCCACAAAUACGAGUAUAGGAUGAGAUUACAGAACUUUCACUGCACAGUUACUUUAAGUGUAUGAUUAAUAAUGCACAUCUUCUCAUAAUAUAUAGUAGCAAACACUACACCCUGCCUAGUUUUGUAACAUAAGUCAUGCUGUUUGGUGCCUUUUAGUACAGACGGAGAGAUGGUAGUCAUGUUAUUAUACUGUGUUUCUUGGACAGACUGUCUUAACUACCCUCAGUCUUUAUCAAAUACACACUCAGUGCCAAAGCCAGACACUGCCUGGGUCAAGCAUCUCUCUAGUUUAUGAACUUAUUGAUGUUUAUCUGAGUCUGCCAAUAUGUCUGCUGCUCUGCUUAGAGUAUAGAGCUCAUUAGAGGGAGGAGGAGGUAUAAACAGCAGUAAAUGUCAAGACUGUGUCCUGGUCUGAACCCUGCUGGAGAGGAGCCUCUGACAGACUGGAAUGUGUCAAUUUGACAGACUGGGGAGCAGAGAAUAAGAGUGAGUGAUUGAGAAAGGUUAGGAGGAUAAACACAGCUGUCCUGGGUGUACCCAUUACCAGGUAGAACGUUGUGAUGAGUGUGAGGCCAAAGUUUCCCCUCUUAAGAGUGCCACCAUAGAAACAGGUCACACCUGAUGUCAUCUACUACAAGUGACCUGUAACCUCUGAACUCAGACCAACUAAAUAUGGAUGCUCUUAAUCUAUGUGAUUUACUGGGGUUUUAUAUUUGCCAAAGAAAACCAAUAAAAUCUGCUUCUGAUGAAGGAA